UAUAAAAGGGAGUGUAUCUUGUGGCGUCUGCAUCAGUCUCAGCCCAGAAGUAGAUCUGCCCACCGUCCUACACCACCAUGAAAUCUCUCGUAAUUGUCCUUAUUUUCGCCCUGGCGUCGCCAUUGUACGGCCAGGAAGGAUUGGAGACGAAAAAACAGGAUAAACGAGGUCUGUCCGGAUUGGGGUAUGGUGGUGGUUAUCACGGUGGACUCGGUGGAUACGGAGGAGGAUUCGGAAGCCUCGGUGGGCUGAGUGGACUCGGUGGAUACGGAGGCAGCUACGGAGGACUCGGACAUGGAUCUCUAGGAUCCGGAUACUCUCUGGGUAACGGAUAUGCAUCGGCUCCAGUUUCUCACGGAUAUAGUGCACCGAUUCCCUUGUCGCACGGGUACGGUAGCUCUUAUGGAUCGUCGUCGUCGUCGUUUGGGCAUGGCGGGUUGAGCCUGGGCCAUGGUUUGGGAUCUGGUCUAGGCUCUGGUUUAGGCUCUGGUUUAGGCUCCAGUUUAGGCUCCGGUUAUGGCUCCGGUUAUGGCUCCAGUUAUGGCUCCGGUUAUGGCUCUGGUUAUGGACAAGGGCUUGGCAAUACCUUAGGCGGCUACAACGGUUGGUGAAUCCCAAUCCGGAUCGAACGGGCAGGCUGGAGCUGCGAAUUACAGUUUAACUAAAUCUUGUAUAAUUCCUAAUAUCUUGUAAGUUUUGUACUUUCGCCGACUCGUGCAGGAUAAAUUAGUGCUCUAGUAAUGUAUUCGCCAUAGCUCCGUAGUAAUUUAUGAUUUUCCGCAAAUUGAGGUAGAAGAGCGUUACACUCGCGAAACUUUACCGAACGGUUACCGUGGCGUGAUGAUGUAAAAGACGAUUGCACGUUCGACCAUUUCUUCCGAUAUUGUAAUGUAGUGGAUUGUUACUCAACAUUGAGGAGAUAACGAGUAAUUCAUUGUAAUGUGAAGAAGGUAUUAAUAAAGUAAAGAUCGUUUCUAAGGCA